CACCUCCUCCAGAACGCACAGAUUGGGUGAAAUGAUAGGCAGCGGAGGAGAGGGGGUAUAGACCAACAAGGAGCAGGGGAAGCAAAGCAGAACAGCUACUGAUCGGCGAGCGUGGAGCGGAAAGGAGAAAGCGACUAUGUCGUUAUAAUUAAUGCAGCUAUAUGCUUCGAACAUCGGGUUUGCAAGGGUUUAUUCUGGUCCUUGAUCAUCGAGGCGCCCUCCCAGGCGCCGGGCGAAACACGUGGCACUUUGUAUUCCCUCUGAUUGAAGAGCUUUGCUUACAGGAACGUAGCUGGUAGCUGAGCACUCCGCUCGCCCCUGCCUUUAUUUCUCGUCGUCCGAAGUUAUUUAUAGUUAGCUUUGAGAACCACUGACAUCCAAGUAAAACGUCAUCCUUCGCAGGAACAGAAGAGGGGAAAAGAAGGCAUCAGUGACUGUUUUUCCUCAUUAAACUUGGCAAGAAACGUUAUGGGAAUUAUAACGAAUUUAGCGCUGUGCGCACUGAUGUUCUUGAUAUGCUCUUCUAACAUCAGAGGUCAGAACAUCACCAUGCAACCCCACAUCUUGGACCCAGCACUCAACUCAAGUGAGGUGCUCACAGCCGCCCCCAACCACACCUCAACGGUCCCUGCCUCCAGCAACUCCUCUCAACCGAACAGCACGCUGAGCACCCCUCUCCCACUCAGUCCCCCAGCCAACGGCAGCAGCAGCAACAGCACUGUCAGGAUCCCUCCUGUUAGCACCCCACAGACCACACCGGAGGACAACAAGGCCCUGCCUAAUCAAACAGCCACCGAACUUCCAGUUACCACAGGAAGCGUCAGAUCUUCUGCCCCAGCAAACAGCACCGCCAGUGAAGAGCUUACCCCAAACUCUGUGGCAAACAUCCAGUCGACCACAAGCAGCCUCAACGUCUCCAGCCCCCUACCUGUCACCACCACUCCCAGUGCUGGUGUGGCCCACUCCAGCGCUUCUCCUCCCACAACUCCUCCUCCACCCAAAGUUCCCAUUCAAACCACCACCACCAGCAGCCUGAGGCCCUCCAGCACUGCCCCAGCCAAGUCACACCAGGACAAAACUUCUGAGCUCAAUGUGGGAGACGAGGAUGAGCCCACAGCCUCGCAUAAAUCUGGAGCCCCUCUGGAUCCUCUUCUGGCGAGCCUGGUGGCGGUGUUCAUAGUGAGUGCCGCCAUCGUGACGCUCCUCCUUUUUCGCAAAUUUCGGCAAAGGAAUGAAGGCCCGGAAUUCCGUAGACUCCAGGAUCUACCAAUGGAUGAUAUGAUGGAGGACACUCCGCUUUCCAUGUUCACCUACUGACCGGCUCUAACAUGGCCUCUCUCUUCAGUUCCCUGCUAAACCAUUGUUCUGUUGUAUUCCGUGUUCAGCCAGAGGGGGCUCAGAAAGCAGCCAAAUCAUUUUGUCAAUUGGAAGCUUCAAUAGCAUUCAAGCACUUUUUUUCCUGUCAGCUGAUGUGUAGUCUGGAUAUCUCAAAAGGUCAAUAAUAAUUCAGCCUGCAGCACCCCCACCCCAGCCCCCCCCACCCCCACACACCCCCUUGCCACACUCACUCCCAUUUAGUGCUGCGGCUCCGGUGAUGCUCACUGCCACACUGCCCCCUGGUGGAAUUUGUGAAUACAAGCGAGAGAAGAAAGUAGGUGGAAUACAGCUACGCUGUUUAAUAUUCAAUGAGGAGGUGGACUGAAGCAAAGGGAAGAUGGACAGAUUGUAAGCUGAAGAUGCUGGCCAAAUGCUGGCUAAGGCUGUCCAUGUCUGACCAAGUGUGCUGCACUUCCAGUCAAUUUUUCAUGUUUAAUUCCCUUUCUGUAGGACAUAUCCCUUCCUCAGAAUUGCACAGUGGAUAGGGGUCACUUUUACCAUGUCCAGUUGGCCUGCGAUAAUAGAUGAGACGUGACACACAAUUCUGAAUGAAUGACUAAUGCUAACUAAACGGUAGCAUCCACAUUCUAUAACCUGAAAUCAUUUAGCUCGUUUAGCGAACAGUAGGCUGGCAAUUCUGCAUGAAUUACACCAUGUAAAGAAACUCAGAACCUUUUAAGUGUCGAUUUAAUUUCAGUUACAUUUUGACCUUUUAUGGUCAUUUUUAAAUUGAGAGCUGACUUAGGCUACUCGUGCAUUUUAAGAGAGGUAACACCAACAAAUAUGUCCACUUGACAUGUGGAACUAUUUAUGUCUUAUUCCGUUCCUGUCCAACAGUGUCCACUGCCAUUUGUAACAGGUGACAGAAUGUGCUUCUUGCCAGUUGUGGCUGAUAAUGCCUCUAGCCAAUCAGUUUGAAAGCACAUGGGAAUUUUGGGGAUGGCAACCAUGUGCAGAAUCCUUUUUUUAACCAUCUGGAUUCAAAAGCAUUGCAGGGUAGCUUUCUGCAGAAGGCUGUUGGAGACAGUCACAUUAGCUUUUUUCCCCCCACCAUGCUGGGUGUACUAGUGGAAGGAGAUGACUAAAUGUCAUCUGCUAGCCCUGCUGUUUUUUAUACUGGGUUUGAUGUUAUCUUCUCUUUAGAUGUGCAACUCUUAUUCCUGAGAACAACUGCAGUAUAAUAUAAUUCAGUGUCCUUAUGUGGGGAAAGACCGAUUUAGCCUUUUUAUUCUCACAGAGGUCGCGUUUGAAAGUAAAGGUUUUUUUCUCCCUCUGUGGCUCCUUCCCAAUUCAAAUGCCCGUUCCCAUCUCCCUGCGCUGUAUGGGUGAAAAAACGGAGCCUGUUCCAGUGAGUUCUGUACAGCCUGUUCUGCAUGUAAAUCCCCAGAGUUUGUGUUGUGACAUGCCUGAGGCCCUCAGAACUCUGCCAGCAGCACACUCAACUGCCUGUCAAUCACGUUCUGAGCAGAGGACAAUGUGGCUGCAACUCGCGAUGGACUUGGCUGAACUUUUUUUUUUUAAACUUCCUUUUCCUUCUUAGAUUUCACCUAUUAACAUUACAUGGUUAUCACCAAAGUGCAUUGUUUUCCUCUAUCGGUGUAAAGUGGAACUGCUUGUCAGAGCUCUUUAACUGCUGGAGAACCUAGCUCGUAAAUGACCACAAAAAUACUUAGCUUCCCAAGUUUGUUGUCCACAAAUGUAUUCCAUUCAGUGAAAUGUUAACCUUAGUUUAGUUGAAGAGAAGGAUAUUGUGCUGCAUUGAUUUCUGCAGCGUACAGAAGCACAAAGUUACUGAGGGUAACGUGCCUCUUUAAGCCCCAAUUAAGCCUUCAGAAUGUAAAGUCAUGCAAAAAAAUAAAUAAAUUAAUUAAAAAAAUUAACCAGGACUGCCAACUAAAAGCAAAACAGAAACCCUAACAUUUGAAAGCUUUGCACUGGAGACACAAAGUAAGAGAGGCAGUCCCUUGAACUUUCGCAGCAUGCUGUGAAGGACAAACAUCUUUUUUUACCUGCAGCCAGAAAAAUUCCAUUGUGCUGUUAGGGGGUUUUUUCGUUGUUGGUGAACUCCGGCGCAGAGUCCGCGUGGGCUCGAGCGUGCUCACACGUGCGCAGGCUGUAGCUCCGGAUGAAAAGCCAUGGAAACCGGGCCGUUGACGGCUGCCAGUAGUGCAUCGUGGGUGAGCAGCGCCCUUUAAGGAAAGAUCCUUCAGCGCACUCCCCGGCCACAGCUGACGUACUUGGAAAAAGCAAAGACCUCCAGUGGAGAAUUGAGCGAAAAGCCAUAUGUUCAUAGAAUAUAUAUAUAUAUAUAUAUAUAUAUAUAUAUAUAUGUAUAAAUUCAGGGAUGGAAAUAGACUCCUAUUGCAGAGCUGAUCAAUUCUACAUUUCAGAAGAUUUAUUAAACCAUCUUCCUAACAUUGACCGUGUAAAAAUAAGACAGAAAACCAAACAGAAAUAUGAUAAUCAUGAUGUAUUGUAUCAUAAUGUAUUCAAUGAGAAGUUCUAUGCAUCAAGAGUCGUAUUUGCAUUCCCUUGUAAUAUGUUGUUCUGGAUAUAAGUGCCAAAAAAUUGUGUACUGUAUUGUAAUACAGGGUUUACUGUAAGCAGUGGAUUUAAAAAUGUUUGUUUGUUGUAUGUUUUUUGAAAUAGAAAAUGUUUGAAACAA